UAUGUUCAUCUUGGUAGCUAUAUUUCUCAUUGACAAAUUAGGCAGAAAGCCAUUGCUGUUUGUGAGUACUAUUGGUAUGACUGUGUGUUUAUUUGGGCUUAGCCUCUCUUUGGCUUUCUUUGGCCAUGAAAAGGCAGGGAUCAUAAUGGCAAUUAUUUCGGUUUGUGGGAAUGUAGCUUUCUUCUCUAUAGGACUUGGCCCUAUAUGCUGGGUUGUGUCAUCUGAGAUUUUCCCUUUGAGACUUAGAGCACAAGCAUCAGCCCUUGGAGCAGUGGGAAGUAGGGUCAGUAGUGGGGUGCUCUCCAUGUCCUUCCUCUCCGUUACUCGCGCCAUUACAGUCGCAGGAACCUUCUUUGUCUUUGGGAUUAUUUCUUGCUCAGCUGUUGCCUUUGUUUACUACUGUGUUCCUGAAACAAAAGGGAAAACCUUGGAGGAGAUUGAAAAGGUGUUCCAAGAUGAGGGAGAUGGCGAAUGGCAAAGAAACGAGGUUGAAAUGGGAGACCAUCCAGGACCUGGGGAACAAGACCUGCAGUUGCUAACAAAACAAAGAGGAGAAAUUUUACUAUGUGAUGUUAUUUCUUGUAGGAAGCCACCAAUACGAGUCAUUAAAAUAUUAGCUGAAGUAGAUCUCAAUGUGCAUAUGUAUUAA